UCCGCCUUCGUCCCAGUCACGUGACACGAGUUUGGGAAGAUGGUCGAAGUUUGUGCUUCCUUCAAGUAAGCUCGCUAUCAAAACAGUCAGCCGAACAAGGGCUGGGACAUUUCUAUAAGGUUGACAGUUUGCCCUCUCGAGUCUCUCCUGGAGUGCGGGGCUGCAGGCUUCAUCCCAGCCCUAUGUCAUGGCAAGUGAAGUCGCCAAGGCGGGCAGUUCCAAUGGGUACCCUAUGAAGGCACAGUUACAAAUUAUUGUGUUAUCAGCAAAACUGAAAGAGAACAAGAAGAACUGGUUUGGUCCCAGUCCUUAUGUGGAAGUUAUUGUUGAUGGCCAGUCCAGGAAAACAGAGAAAUGCAACAACACCCACAGCCCCAAGUGGAAGCAGCCACUUACGUUGAUCGUGACUCCCUUCAGCAAGCUAGUGUUUCGAGUGUGGAGCCACCAAACCCUGAAAUCCGACAUCCUGCUUGGCAUGGCUAAGUUGGACCUCAGUGCCACACUCAAGUCUAACAACAUGAAAAUCUCUGACGUGGUGCAGACCAUAAAGCUGUUUACAGACCGAGACCAGACCGAUGUUGUGGGAGACCUUUGUGUCUGCUUGGAUGGUAUGACGGUUGACCCCGAAAUGUUCGCCAAGGCUGAAGUCGACCAUCAGAAUCUAUCAAACGGAGAAUCUCAUCCAAAUGGAGAACAUACCCCAAAACACAGCCGAGACAGUUCCCCGGCUGUAGACAGCGUUGAGCACCGCUCGUCUCCCCGGAGUCGAAAGUCAGGGACCGUCUCUGGCUCUCCCCUGGUGUCUUCAGGGAGUGGGCGGCCACUACGGCCACCCAGACCAUCCAGACCUCCUCCUCCAACCCCACGCAGACCCACGUCUUCACCAGCAUCUUCCAGCAGUAGCUCUACACCGGCUGAAAGCAGCAAUGGUCAGUCUGGUUCAGAGACACCUGUACGUAAUACUGUCCCGGGGCCCUCAGCAGCCCCAGACUCCAGUCCUUCGGUGGGUUCAGACAGGAACACUGUAUCUUCAGCAUCUAGCUCUGGAACUCCAGCAACCAGACAGCCGAUGAGCAGCAUCAGCCCUGCUGUCUCAUCCCGGGUCCCUGCGGUCAGCUCUGGACCUUUGCCUCCAGGAUGGGAGCAGAGGAUUGAUCAGAAUGGCAGGUUAUAUUUUGUUGACCACGUAGAAAAGAGAACAACAUGGGAGCGCCCUGAACCCUUACCUCCAGGCUGGGAACGUCGUGUUGACCAGAUGGGCCGCGUUUACUUUGUUGACCACAUUACGAGGACCACCACCUGGCAGCGUCCCACAGUGGAGACUGUUCGCAACUACGAGCAGUGGCAGCACCAACGCAACCAGUUGCAGGGCGCCAUGCAACAGUUCAACCAGAGGUUUAUAAUUGGGGGACAGGACCAGGGGGCAACUACACAGAAUAAGGAGUAUGAUCCUCUUGGACCUUUGCCAAAUGGAUGGGAGAAGAGAACAGACAGCAAUGGGAGAGUGUAUUUUGUGCAUCAUCCUACACGGUCAACACAGUGGGAAGACCCUCGGUCACAAGGGUUGCUCAAUGAGAAGCCACUUCCAGAGGGAUGGGAGAUGAGGUUUACUGUAGAGGGUAUCCCCUAUUUUGUAGACCACAACCGAAGAACUACGACCUACAUUGACCCUCGCACUGGAAAAUCCUCACUAGAAAAUGGACCUCAGAUCACCUACGUCAGAGACUUCAAAGCCAAAGUACAAUACUUCAGAUUUUGGUGCCAGCAACUGUCAAUGCCUCAACACAUCAAGAUCAAUGUGUCACGAAAAACUCUGUUUGAGGACUCCUUCCAGCAAAUAAUGAGCUUCAACGCUCAGGAUUUGCGUAGAAGACUGUGGAUUAUCUUCCCUGGAGAAGAAGGCCUUGACUAUGGAGGUGUUGCCAGGGAAUGGUUCUUCCUUUUGUCUCAUGAGGUGUUGAACCCCAUGUACUGCCUGUUUGAAUAUGCUGGAAAAGAAAAUUACUGUCUCCAGAUCAACCCCGCCUCCUACAUCAAUCCUGACCACCUUAAGUAUUUCAAAUUCAUUGGCCGCUUCAUUGCCAUGGCACUUUUCCACAGCAAGUUCAUAGACACAGGAUUCUCGUUGCCGUUUUACAAGCGCAUCCUGAACAAGCCUUUGGCCCUCAAGGACCUUGAGUCAGUAGACCCAGAGUUCUAUAACUCCCUCAUUUGGAUCAAGGACAACAACAUCGAAGAGUGUGGCCUGGAAAUGUUCUUCUGUGUUGACAAAGAAAUCUUAGGGGAAAUCACUACACACGACCUGAAACCUGGCGGUGGAGACAUCCAAGUUACGGAGGAGAAUAAGGAGGAGUACAUCAGGUUGGUAGCAGAGUGGAGGCUUUCCAGAGGAGUGGAAGAGCAGACCCAGGCAUUUUUUGAAGGCUUCAAUGAGGUCCUCCCACAGCAGUACUUGCAGUAUUUUGAUGCCAAAGAGCUGGAGGUGAUGCUGUGUGGCAUGCAGGAAAUUGACCUUGCUGACUGGCAAAGAAAUACCAUCUACAGACACUAUCCCCGCGGGAGCAAGCAGAUCAUGUGGUUCUGGCAGUUCGUAAAAGAGAUGGACAAUGAGAAGAGAAUGAGGUUGCUACAGUUUGUCACUGGUACCUGUCGUCUGCCCGUUGGAGGCUUUGCUGACCUCAUGGGGAGCAAUGGUCCACAGAAGUUCUGUAUUGAGAAGGUGGGAAAGGAAAACUGGCUUCCCAGAAGUCACACAUGUUUCAACAGAUUGGACUUGCCUCCUUACAAGAGCUACGACCAGCUUAAAGAGAAGCUGAUGUUCGCCAUUGAGGAGACGGAAGGCUUCGGACAGGAGUGAUAUUUUGCAGCGGCUGUGGUGAUGAAAUGCCAGGUAUCGGGAUCGAAACCGCCGGGUUGAAAUCGGGGAGCCUUCCUAUUCCAUGAGUCGGCAGGUUCCACGCCCGGCGGUAUUAUAUUUAUUACAGCCACCGCCAAAGGAAAAGCUUUUAAUUAGAAGUCUGUCGAAACCAAAAUCCCCCAAAUUUAUCCUGGACUUCAGAAUGGGUGCCGUAUUAUGUAGGCAUGGGAGUGUUUUCCACACCAUCUUAGCAGCAACGUAUCACUGGGAGGUAACGUUGCAGUCUUGUCAAGUAGCUAAUUCGUCAAAGUAGUCAUUGCUAUGAUAGUUUUUCGGGGUGAAAAGUGGGUAAAGAGUCAUCAAAAUUAAGAAGAUUAUAUUGUUGGCUCUUAAUUAAAAUACAUCCACCAUGAUGAUUGUCACUUUUCUCACCUGUAGCUCUCCCGCUAACAAGGUUUUUUUUUAAAAAAAUUAGAUUUGUCUCUCAUGUCUUUAAGAAACAAUAACAAAAUGAUGCUACGCAUUAAACCAAACCAUGGUGCUAGCGCACUCAUUUGGGAGAUGAUCCUUGAGAAGCAGCCCUGAACGGCUCCAUGAUUGUCACCAUCGUUAGCAGUAUUUUUCGUGUCGGAGGCUUACUGCAAUGGCAGCGUUGGGGAAAAAAAAAAGUCCUAGUUUUAUAGGACCACUGUGUGAAAGUUGUCGUUUUGAGAUUAGGGAAAUAGGUCGUCAUUGAUACUAGUUUCUGUUUUCUGGUAUUGUUUUUUUUUUUUUUUUUUUUUUUUGUCAAAAACAUGAC